CCCUAAGUCAGCCAUAUUUGGGGUUACGCUGAUAUUGUUGGCUCAACAGUGACAGUGACCCUUGGUAGUCAGGUUCGUGUCCACACUAAGGUAUACAUGGACAGCACGGUCGGAAAGAAUGUGUGGAAGGUAAUGCUUCCUCCUCAAGAAGGUCCUGGUCCAGUGAAUAUUACCGUGGCAACCGGGAAUGAAAGUUUGACAAUAACUAAUGUAAUGUUCGGAGAUGUUUGGCUCUGCUCAGGUGAAAGUAACAUGCAGUUUACGCUGAGCAUGGUGUUCAAUGAAAGCGAGGAAAUAGCAGACGCCAUCAACUUUCCUGAUAUAAGACUGUUCACAGCAGCACAGGAAUGGUCGAACAAUAUUGAGUACGAUUUACUAGGUGUUGAACAGUAUUGGAGUAAGCCAAAUAGAGAUUCAGUAGGGCACUCUGACUGGACCUAUUUCUCUGCUGUAUGCUGGCUGUAUGGGAAAUAUCUCUACAAGCAGUUACAAUACCCUAUCGGACUGAUUGCCGCCGACUGGAAUGCCACAUCCGUACAGGCGUGGUCGUCGGAGGAUGCGAUUAACGCAUGCCAGCCUUCAAGGACCGGUAGUCUAGUGCCAGCAUAUCCUCCUCAAAACACGCCGACGUACCUUUGGAACGCUAUGAUUCACCCGUUUCUAAAUCUUACUAUUUAUGGAGUUAUAUGGUACCAAGGUGAAUCAGACAUCUAUUCGCCACCGGAUAUAUAUAAAUGUAGAUUUCCCGCCAUGAUUGACGACUGGAGAAAAAAGUUUAACGAAGCUUGCCAAACGGAUAUUCUGUUUCCAUUCGGUUCGUUCAGGUCUGAUGUUGUUUUUUUAAGAAUUGCCCCAUCAGGCCCCUAAGACUGAUAAAAACAU